AUGGCGUUUCAUGCAUUCAAAAAACGUUCAUUUGUUUUUGUACCCCACCACCUCUCUCUCACUCUCUCUGUCUCUCGAAUUGUUCUCCCUCUCUCUAUUUCUAUCUGCCUAUCUGCAUCCCCUCUCUCUCUCUCUCUCUUUAGAUUCCUCGAUCUAUUCCCCGUGAGUGAAAAGCGCUCGUGUAAGCAUCCGUACACAAACACCUCCCUGAAAGACUUUUUUUCUGUGCUUUCUUUUGCUUGCUUAUUUACCUUGUGUUUCUUUUUUAUUUCUGUUUUUUUUUUGUUGUUUCCUUUUUGUCUCCUUGUUUGUUUCGUUUUAUAUUGUUUUUAUUCCUGCAUUGUCAUCUUUUCAUUCCCGUUCCAACCGUUUCUUUUUUUCUCUCUUCUUGUCUUUUUGUUCAUUUCUUCCUUAUUUCUUUUUGUUCUUUCCUCUUCCUUUCUUCUUUCUUUCCUUCCCUCAAUCACUCAAUCUUUCUGUUUAGAGAUUAUUUUUCUUCAAAUUUCUUCCUUGUAUCUUCCUUUCUUCAUCUCUCUUUCUCUCUCUCUCUCUCUCUCUCUUUCUCUAUCUAUCUAUCUAUCUAUCUGUUUAUUAGUUAUGUUUCUUCAAACUGUUUUCUUUACUUAUGUUUCUUCAAACUUCAUUCUUUACAUCCGUCUUCCUUUCUUCAUUUCUCUCUCUCUCCCUCUCUCUCUCUGUCUAUCUAUCUAUCUAUCUAUCUAUCUAUUAGUUAUUUUUCUUCAAACUUCUUUCUUUACGCCUGUCUUCUUUUCUUCAUUUCUCUCUCUCUUCUCCCUUCUCUCUCUCUCUCUCUCUCUCUAUCUAUCUAUCUAUCUGUUUAUUAGUUAUUUUACUUCAAAUUUCUUUCUUUCCUUAUUUUUCUUCCAAUUUCUUUCUUUCCUUUCGUUUUCCUUUCUUCAUUUCUCUCUCUCUCUCUCUCUCUCUCUCUCUCUCUCUCUCUGCCUCUGUCUAUCUAUCUAUCUUUCUGUUUAUUGGUUAUUUUUCUUCAAAUUUCUUCCUUUCUUUCCUUCUUUUAUUCCCUUCUCCCUUUCUCUGUCUGUCUGUCCCUCUCUCUCUCUCUCUCUCUACUUCUGCCUCCUUCACUUUCUCUUUCUUUCCUUCCGUCUACCUUUUUACAUUUCUCUUUCUCUCCUCUCUCGCUGUCAUUUUCUCUCUCUCUCUCUCGCCCUCUCUCUCUCUCUCUCUCUCUCUCUCUCUCUCUCUUUCUCUUAUAAAUAA